AUGGCCACUGUCUUGUCGGACGGAUCCGACUUCUCCCAAGCUCUUGCGACAUGGAGAGAUAUCAACCUCUCCACCUUGCAGAAGAGCUUGGACACAUCAGGGUUGGAAAUCGUGGAAAAUCAGAAAGACAGUCUGAUGGGCAGAAAAAAAUUGGCCGAACAAACCAGAGAUUUUAAGAAAAUGCCCGAUCAAGAAAAAGUUGGGGGCUUCAAGGGUUUACUAAAAGCCUAUCAAGCAGAAAUUGACGCAUUAACUAAACGAUCAAAGACAUCAGAAUCAGCGUUUCUGAAUAUCUACAAACUCUUAGCAGAGGCUCCCGAUCCAUAUCCACUCUUAGAGGCAGCCGUCGAUCAAACCGUUCGUGCCUCCGAAGCAAAACUCUUAGAAUCUGAACUGUCACGCGCAAACGAUCAAAUAAAAUCAUUGAAAUCGCAGCUGAAAGAGGCCGAGAAAGUCGAAAAAGAAUCUCAAAAGCAGGCGGAGAAGUUGGAAAAGCUGGAGAGCAAGCUAGAAGAUAUAGUCAAACUUCAAGUCUCGAACAAGGAGGCCGAGUUGGAUGCCGUUUACGGAGAACGGAUUAUGAACUUUCAACAGCGUGAAAAGGAUCUGACAAAGCAACUCGAGCUGACGAAGAAACAGCUUGCCGAUCUCAGGACAAGCAACGAGUCGAAUCAGGCCAAGAUCUUGGACGAUUCGUCAAGAAGAGACUUUGAGACUGUCUCUCGUCGAGCGGAGAUUGAACUGGUGGAAGUUGACUUGGAAAGGUCUCAGAGACGGAUCGAAGAGGUGGAGAGACGAAACGAAAAACUAAGGGCUGAAAUAGAGGCUGUGAGGAGUGGUAGCGAGGCUCAAGAGCGGAUUCAAACUCUCGAGUCUCAGAUUACAGAGCUUCAAAGCGAAACUACCAGAUUAUUGUCAACACUCGAGACUCAAAAAAAUACAAUUGAUGAAUUACAGGAACAGCGUUCGAAGACUGAGACUGAGUACACUCGUCAAAUCAAAAAAUUAGAGCAGGAAAUUUCUGCAUUGAAAGACAAGUUAGCUCAAUAUUCAGAUUACGACGAGAUCAAGCGGGAGUUGGAAAUUAUCAAGUAUGUGGAAUUUGCAUCGCUGAAUCCGGAAGAUGAAGACAACGCUGGAUACGACGAUUGCAGUCCGGAUUCAUCAUCUCUGAAUAUAGCCAUCAAGAUGCCGAAUCCAAAUGCUGAGAAGGCGAACAAACAGAAAACCAAAUCGUUGGAAACACUGCUGAUGAGCAAGAACCGAAAGCUGCAAGAUGAUCUAACCACGUUGAGAGUGAUGCAUGAUGAUUUAUUGGUCUCAUCACGAAUGAAUACCAUCGAACACGAAAAAGUCCAGAGUGAAUUAGAAAAGCUGAAGGCCUUGAACGAAAAUUUAGAAAAUGAUCUGUCGAGGAUGCAAGCAAGCUCGACUCAGACACCCGCCGCAAACAAUCUAGAAACACUUGUUGGGAAGAACCCCGAUUCCGAUCGGUUCUCCUCCAACGAGCUGGGCAGAGGAAGUCUAAAGGACGAGUCCGGACUUGAAAGUUCUGCUAGAGGGCUGGGAAAAUCACUGCCCAAUACGAGACAUGAGCCCCAUCGAAUAACAAGCGACACAUCCAUCUUACCAAUCAUAACCAGUCAACGGGACCGUUUCCGCCAAAGGAACUCGGAGCUUGAGGAAGAGCUCCGCAAGCAAUUCGAGACGAUCUCGAUGACGAGGAACGAGAUGAAGAGCCUCCAAAACGAUAACUUGAAGCUGUACGAGAAAGUGCGAUACUUGCAAUCGUACCGAGACAAUUCAGGUGGUACCACGCUGAACGACCAGUCGUCGAGAUUCAACCGCUUCAGCUCGUCUAUCCCGAGCACCGUUUCUAGGAAAGAUGAGGAGCUGAGCAAGUAUCGCGGGAUAUAUGAGGAGCAUAUGAACCCCUUCGAACGGUUCAGAGGCCGAGAACGUAUGGGCGCACUCCAGGCGUUGAACCCCCUGGAUAAGCUCGUUUUGCACACCGCCAACUAUGUGCUGGGGAGCCGGCUAGCGCGCAAUCUGUUCCUCGUCUACGUCGUCACCUUGCAUGCUUUGCUGUUCUUUACCUAUGGCGAAUCUGCGUGGAGGUCCGAUGAUCUUCAAGGGAGCACACUUCGACCGCCCAUACCUGUUCGAAAUUCUGCGUCCUCCUGA